AUUUGUUAAACCUUGAGAAGAAAAAUAUAGAGCUACAUCAACAAUUUAAUGAUGAUGAUUUUAUUCAAGCUGCUACAGAAAUAGACUAUGUAGAAAAUGAAGUCAUUAUACAACCCUUAACUGAAAGAGAACAGUUGGAUAUUCUGCACAGCACUCUGCAAAUUGUUGAUAAAAGGAUUAAUAAUGGUGAGGUAACAAUAAAGUCUUUGCGCAAGCUUCAAUCACAUAUUCGUGAAGAAAUCUGA